UUACUUGAUUGACUGUAUGCUUGAAAACCCAACAAAGAUUUCUUCAGGCUCUCCAUGCCCAUUCUCCAAGGAAACCAAGCUUAAAGGGCAAAGCCAUUCAAAUUUGAAAACAGACAGCAAAUUCCAAAAAGUGAGGCUUCUUCCAUGCCUACCUUUCUUCUUUUGAGCUUUUUGUCUCUUGCUUUCUAAACAAACCUUCUGUUAACCCUCUAAUUCUAACAUUCUCAUAUUCUACUUGUGGGCAAUCUUUGUUUUUGGCUGUAGAAGCACAAACAACAAAACAACAAAUGUAUCCUAAAGUGAAGGUGAGGCUACAAGAACAAGAUGAUUAUUUUUCCCCCCAAAAUCAUCACAGGACAUUGCUGUUGACAAAUGCCUCUGAUGAAUCUGUCCCUGGGAAGGAGAUUCAAAGCUGUUCUCCGCCAUCAAUUGCCAUAACCAAGAAGGCUUAUGUCUCCAAGCUACGGGGACACUCCAUUUCUUCAUCCAAAGAAGAGAACAGCAGAAAUCCUGGUAAGGCUGCAAAACCAGCUGAUGCUAGAGCUUGUUCAAUCCUUCGUCCCCGUGCCGUCUUAUCUAGCCCUGAAAAUGAUGGGAUGAUUGGAAGCAGAAACAAGCUGGUUGAUAAAAAGUCUUUGGCUGUCAAAGUGCAUAACACAAAAGAGAAAGUGGCAGCUGCCCAAAAGCCCCAGCAACCCAAGAUCGUCCAAAGUCAGGUGAAGAAGGCAGCAAGGCCUAUGAACAUGACGAAAAGGCUCCAACAAAGCGUUGAUAAAAAGAAUGGGGUUGUGCAGAGUAGAAUUCAAAAACCCAUGAUGGAGAAACAGCAAGCAAGCCUUGGAAUGAGAAAACCAAGUUUCACUUCAACUUAAUGUUCGA